AUGGCCAACGCGCAGUCGGCUCAGGAAGAGCUCCAACAAAGUGUCAUAUUAUCAGAAGGAGACGCCGAGUUUGAUGAGGAAGAUGAGGAUGUACCCGAGGCGAUGGACAUUGAUACAGCUUCAGAGCCACAAUCCGACCGCAACGGCCAAGGCAACCAGUCAAGCCAAGUCGUUCAAGUCGAAAAUGCCAGUGUGCCAGCAGAGCCAACAAAUGAUGACUACCGGCCCAAAGUACAACAUGGAGACGACCGACUGGAUAGAAAUAUGCUCACAGAGCACGACAAGCAUCCACUUGAUCACGAGAAUGCAGCAGAAAAUCCAGGCCAGACACAGGAUGCCGAUGACCGAGUACAAGAAAAACAAAAUAUCGAUAACGGGGUCGGGGAUGGGGUCGAGGCCGUCCAUGAUGCAGAUCAAGUGUCGGAUAAAGAUGCCGAGGGCGAAGUUGAUGAGCUGAUGCCACCGGUCGGCGAUACUGAUGCUCCUAGUGCGGACGAGGAAGAUGAUGAAGAUGAAGACGAGGACGGCGACGAUGACGAGGAGGAUGAGGCCGAAGGUGUUGGUGCCGUCAAGAUCAAGCCUGGCGAGACGGACGAAGACGAAAGCGACAGCGGCGACGAUGCGAGCUUUGCUUCUGCUGGCAGCGAUCGAGAGUCUGCUGAUGAAUGGGCAGCUGGAGCCGAGAACGAAGAUGACGAAGACGAAGAAGACUCGGAAGCCGAAGUUGCAAAUCUGUGUAUCUUCUGUAAGAAGGAUGAAGAAAACGACCCUGGCGAGGAGUUUGAGGUGUUCCUCGUUUGCAAAGGCUGUGGUGAACACUCCCACCAGCAAUGUGCUCGAGAUGCAGGGGCGCUCGAUCACAAACCGGAUGAGGCCGGAUGGAAGUGCCCAGAGUGCAAAGGGGGUGAUUCCGAGUCAGAGUCUGAAGCCGAGCUCACGACGGCUGCGGCAAAUUCUAAUGAAGAGCCCCAGGACGGCGAAGUGUCCCCGGCUACCUCGCGGCGCUCUACGGCAUCAAAGAUUGCACGCGAUCUGCUGCCACCUCAACGCGCGUUGAAUAAACCAGACUCCCAUUCCGUGUUUAAUCAGCUUGUUCUCGAUGAGGACCCCAUGGAUGGCUCUCGAGUGCUGCGAAAACGAAAAACCUCUUCUGCUGCCGACGCGGACGAGGCCAUGUCGCUCCGAAAGCGCCGAAGAAACACCUCUGACGGGUCAAAUAAUGAUGACUCGCGAGACGAUACAACCACGGGCGCAGAAGAGCCGACACGGCCGCGCUCUUCGCGGUCUCUCAGAUUGAAAGCUUCUAGUCCCCCGUUAAAGUGCACAAUCUCGAAAAACUCUCGAAACACCCUUUUGCUCCGAAUGCAAGUUGCGCCGCCAGCGCUUCGAAAGAUUCUCUCCAAGGAACCACAGCCCAAGAAGCGCGCAGCUCGAUCAGGCACAUCUCGACCAGCACGCUCCACUGUAAGAGCAACCGCAGCGGUUGCCCAACCACCUGUAGCAUCUCUGAUGCCAUCAAGUUAUACCCAACCUUUCUACUCAUUCUACGAUAAAGAGACAGACGAGCUCAAGGGAAAGCCCUAUGGCGGAAUCCUGACCGAGGCCGAAGCCGAUACGUCCAAGACAAUGCCCACCAAAGACGAUAGGAGACGCUUUGACGAGGCAAAACAAAAGGCGGACGAGGAAUGGCGUGUCCGAAUACUAGCCAUGCAAGCCGAGAUGGAGUCUGUUUCCCUGAAAAAGUCCAAAAAGGCCUCCAGUGGCCCGGCGAGUCAAAUCGAGUGUAUCGAAUUUGGCGGCUGGGAGAUUGACACAUGGUAUGCAGCUCCCUAUCCUGAAGAGUACAGCCGAAACCGCGUACUCUACAUUUGUGAGUUCUGUCUCAAGUACAUGAACUCGGAUUAUGUGGCAUGGCGGCAUAAGCUCAAAUGCCCCGCCAAACACCCACCCGGCGAUGAGAUUUACCGGCAAGGCUCUAUUUCAUUCUUCGAGGUCGAUGGCCGAAAGAAUCCAGUCUAUUGUCAGAAUCUCUGCCUCCUCGCAAAGCUGUUUCUCGGCUCGAAAACACUGUACUAUGAUGUUGAACCGUUUCUAUUCUACGUCUUGUGCGAAUACGACGAAAAUGGCUACCAUUUUGUCGGCUACUUUUCCAAGGAGAAACGAGCGAGCAGUCAAAACAAUGUGAGCUGUAUCUUGACAUUGCCGAUACAUCAACGCAAAGGCUACGGCCACUUGCUCAUUGACUUUUCCUACCUUCUUACGCGGGCGGAGCAAAAGACUGGAUCGCCAGAGAAGCCACUUUCGGACAUGGGCUUGGUGUCGUAUCGCAACUACUGGCGAUUGAUCAUGUGCAAAUAUCUACUCGAGCACACGCCCGAAGACCGAGGGGCAAGAACAUGUCUCAGCAUAAGAAAGAUAUCUGACGACACGGGCAUGAUGCCUGACGAUGUCAUUUCCGCACUUGAAGGGCUACGGGCUCUUGUUCGCGACCCGCAGACCAAGCUAUACGCCUUUCGGGUUGAUCUGGCAUUCUGUCACGAGUACGUUGAAAAGUGGGAGUCGAAAAAGUACGUCAAGCUCAAUGACAAGGUCCUGACCUGGACGCCGUACGUCAUGGGUCGCAGCAAUGCCACAAACUUUGAGCUGGGCCCAGCUCUCAAUGCCAUAGCGCCUCGGGAAGACGAAGAGGAGAACAAGACUGUCCAAAUGCUUGCAGAAAGCGGUAUAGCCGCUGGUGACUUUGCUGCUGUUGCAGGAAAUAUUCCCAAAGCGCUGAUGCCAGGAGAGACCACGGUGCUUGAAUCGACUGAACCGAUUGAUGUCAAUGUAAUGGAAUCGACUGAAGUGGUCAAGACGAAUGGCGGGGACGCAGGAAACGACCUAUUGCACGCAGAAUUGCGAUCGCAUCAUUCGGCCGAAGCUGCUGCCCAGGUCGAGACCGAGGUUGACUGGUUGGCGCCGUAUAAAGACAUACCUCCCACCCGUUUCGAAGUGUUUCCGCCCGUCAAUCCCAAGCGCCCAGGCCUGGGGCGGCUGAACUCUGGCAUUGCUCGACCAGUGCUGGUGCGACCGCCCGCCUCGGCACCUCGUCCUCGGCCGAAACGGCCUGCGGGUGGUAGUUCUAGAAAAUCGUCAAGCAGGUCAAAAAGUGGUGGAUCACGUCGCAAGACGGGCGGCACAGGACGCGGCCCAGGUCGCUGGCCCAAGGGCACCAAGAAGAGCGACUAUGGCAACGCAGAUAGUGGCCCCGGUCUGCCUCCAGCUUGGGCGGGGCAGAAGAAACCGUCAGACGCCUUGGAUGAUCCAGAGCAAGCUGGUUUGGGCGGCACUGUCGAAGUCAAGCAGCCAAGAGGCAAAAGUGGCAAAGAGGUCGAGACGACGGCUGCUCAUUUCGAGGUCAAAAUUAAUGACGUGUCCGAAGAGAGCGGUAGCGGCAGCGACAGUGACAGCGACGAAGAGGAAGAGGAGGAGGAUGCUGGCGAAGAAAAGGACGUGGACGUUGUAAUGAACGAUGAAGAGGAUGAGGAUGAAGAAGACUCUUCAGAGGAUUCCGAUGACGACGAAGAUGUUCCAGAUGUAGACAAUGAGAACGACGACGACGACGACGAUGAAGAAGAGGAGGAAGAAGAAGACGAAGACGAAGAUGAGGACGCCGAGGGAGAAGACGAAUAG